AUGGAUAGGUCAGCAGUUAAAGGUCCUUCAGCAGCUGCAGCUUCUGGAAGUUUCGAGGCGAACAUUUGCCGCCUUAUUGCGCGCAAGCUAUUGCCUGCAAUGCCCUCCCCAGUUUUUUGCGCCGUUUCCAUGCAGUUGAGUGCAGGGCAGUGCAUCGGUAAGAUCACCAAGGGGAGGAAGUUCAGACUUGGUAUUACAGCUUUGCACCUGAUUGCCCGAUACGCGCCGCACAAGGUAUGGCUCAACCCAGGAGGGGAACAAGCGUUUGUCUACGGGAAUCACAUCAUUAAGCGUCACGUAGGCCGGCUAACUGCGGACAUGCCUAGUGGCGCGGGUGUCUGUGUACUGUCCUUGAACGGGGAUCUACCUUUGGGCUUCGGGACCAGCGCAAAAUCAACAGCAGAAAUUCAUACGGCUCCUACGGAAGCUAUCUCGUUUUACCACCAUGCAGACGUGGGCGAGUACCUCCGCGAGGAAGCGGAUCUUGUUUAG